AUGGAGAAUUUUGGCUUUGGCGUCCGUUAUUAUGUUUCUUACUACAAAGUUGCCCUCCGGAAAAGCGGUCCCUGCAGCCAAACCAACGGGGUCAGCGGCCGAGGCACGCCCUGCCCGGGUUUCAAGAAAGCCACCGGUCCCGAAAGCACCCACUCGAGCGAAGCCGGCAGCGAAGACGACGGCAGCGGACGCCGUAAGAGCUGGAUCGGAGGCCUCGUCAGCAGCCGCGACAACAGAGAAAGGAAAGAAGGCGGCAGGGGAGAAAGCCAGCGCGGCAACCUAGGCCCAAACUAA